CGGAUAUUUACGUCUGACAGCGGCAGGUGAAUGUUUCGUUUGAGACAGCUGUUUGGUGUAGAGCUUGCUGGAGCUGUAGAGUAGAAGCCUGUUCAUCAGUUUACCUUCAUACAAAGUAACUUAGCUCUCUGUGCAGAUUUUUGGACACCAGCUGGGUUAAUCAACACAAAGAAAAAAAGAAAACUAAAACAGUUUGAUGAAAAGCCGACUGAUAGGAGAUGUGUGCUGCUGUGUAUGUCCUGUCGACGGUAACAGGCUAUGUGCUCACCUCUGCCCUGCUGCUGAAAUGCCCAAAUCUUUUGUACCGGAAGAAGCGAGAGACUUUUGUCAGCAGGCACAUUUCCCAUCGUGGAGGAGCAGGUGAAAACCUGGAAAACACCAUGGCAGCUUUUAAGCACGCUGUGGAUCUUGGCACAGACAUGCUGGAGUUGGACUGCCACCUGACGAAAGAUGAACAGGUAGUGGUGUCACAUGAUGCCAGCUUGCAGAGGGUCUCUGGCAUCAACACGCACAUCUCUGACAUGUCCUACGCUGAGCUCCCUCCAUACCUUUGCAAGCUGGAUGUAACUUUUCAGAGAGAGUAUUUUUGUGAGGGGGGUGAGGACAAACGCAUCCCUCUCCUCAGGGACGUUUUUGAUGCAUUUCCCAAUACUCCUGUCAACAUUGACAUCAAGGUCAACAACGACAUGCUCAUCAAGAAGGUAUCCGAGCUGGUUGUUAAGUACGACAGAGAGCAUCUGACGGUCUGGGGCAACGCCAGCCACCAGAUUGUAAAGAAGUGUUACAAAGAGAACCCGCGAAUUCCUCCCAGAGUAUUGCAGCUGUUAGGCCUCUUCUACACUGGCCUACUGCCCUUUGUUCCCCUCAAGGAGCAGUUUCUGGAGAUCCCCAUGCCCUCUAUUGUCACCAAACUAAAGGAUCCCAACAGAUUAUCUAGGAGUCAGCGAUUCAUCACCUGGCUGGCAGACACUUUGCUGAUGAGGAAAGCUCUUUUUGAGCAUCUAACUGCCAGGGGAAUACAGGUGUACGUUUGGGUGCUGAACGACGAGGAGGACUUUCAAAGGGCAUUUGACUUGGGAGCCACGGGAGUUAUGACAGAUUUUCCCACCAGACUUAAAGUCUUCUUAGACAGGAAUGGCAUUUCAAAGCCCCAGUGACCUGCCAGAAUCUCCUUAUGAUUUGUGUUCUGUGUUCCCCCAAUAGAUAUCUGUGUACCCUCACAUCAAUGUGACAUUUCUAUCCGUAUCACACAGCUAUUUAACACCACACAAUCUUUUUAAGUAUAUCUAUUAAAUAAGACACAAUGGCCAUCGAAAUAUAGGGUUCUGUGCAGUUCUUUUGAGCCUUGAAUUUCAUAAUAGAUUAACAGCUUUUUACUUGAAAAUAUUUUUUUCAGUUAUACGCCUUUUUUGUAAUGCUUUAACUCAAGUAAAUGGCAGAUGUGGUUGAGGUGUUGUACAAGUAAAAACACCUGCAGUUGCAGUUCAGUGUUAAUUUAUCAGCAGCCUUUU